AUGACAAUCGACAAAGACGUCAGCUGCUUCGUCGCGAACCUGGACGGUAGCAUGACCGAAAUCUUCCGGGAGCUCGACGCCGCCGUCCCCUUCCUGAGCCGCCUGCCUCCUGACAGCUUCGAUAAACUCGACAUAGAGCGGCAUUUGCGGGACGGAGUACGCAAAGCUGUAAGAUCGUGCGGCUCCGGCGGCUUUGUGCUUCGGUUUGAGAUCACCGUGGCAUUUGGCUCGGAUUUGGAUGAUCAUGCGCAGUUGAGAUUAACUCAGGGAUUUAUUAUGUUUACAGUUGAGAUUAACUCAGGGAUUUAUUAUGUUUACACGCGCGCGCUCUCUCUCUCUCUUAACUCCCCGGCCCCGGCGCCGGCGCCGGCUCCGGGGCCGACGGGCACCGAUUCCGACGCCUCGACGACGACGACGUGCCCCAUGGAUAUGAGCUACGUCUCGACCUUCCCGUGGGACCACUCCCCCUGCGAGCCCGCCGCCUCCGCCCACAACCUCACCGCGUGCUGCCAAACCCUCCUCUCCGUCUUCGGCAUCGCCUUCGCCGAGCGCCUCCGCUCCACCGGCCUCUUCAACCUCCCCUCCGCCGCCUCCUCCGCCGCGUGCCUCUCCCUCUUCAGGGCCCGCCUCACCUCCCNCAAUUUUUAUGAUAUAUAUUACCUCGAUGACAAAUGUGAUCGAGAUCGCGACAGGCAUUGUGAUCCCCAUCCCGCUCUCGACCUCGCAUCACGCACCCUCCUCAUACCCAUCCGCCCCUCCCCGCUCCCCUUCGUCGCCUCCCCCGACUUCUGCGCCGGGAUCGUCAACACCUCCGGCUGGUCCGCCGCGCUCCGCUCCUCCGACUCCGCCGCCACCGCCGGGGAGCAUCUCGCGGCGGCGUGCGGCGGCGACAUCGCCUCCCUCAUGAGCUGCGGCACGUGCUACUACGCCGCCACCGAGGUCUCCUCCGUCCUCACCGCCCUCGACGGGAACACCUCCCACGCCACCCCGUGCUUCUACCUCACCGUGCUCUACGCCGCCGGGGUCGGUUUACACCAUCCUAACCCUAACCCUAACCCCAGCCGAUCCCGCUCCACCGCCGCGGUCGCCGCGAUCUCCGCCGCCGCCGCCGCCCUCGCCCUCGCCCUGGCCGCCGCCGCCCUCGCCCUCCUCCUCUGGCGAUCCCGCAGGAGGAGGAAGAACAGCAGCUGCUGCAAAGCCCUAGCGAGCGAUCCCGACCCGAUCUCGCCGCACCCGCGCCCCAACACGGGAUCGAUCGCGUUCGACAUCAGGGACCUGGAUAAGGCCACGGACCGCUUCUCCCCCCGCAACCUCAUCGGCCGCGGCGGCUUCGGCGUGGUGUACCGCGGCGCCCUCCCCGACGGGUCCCUCGUCGCCGUGAAGAAGGUGCUCGACCCCCAACUCGACGACGGCUCCGGCUGCGGCGUCGCCGGAGACGACGAGUUCCACAACGAGGUCGAGAUCAUCAGCAACCUCCGCCACCGCAACCUCGUCCCCCUCCGCGGCUACUGCAUCGCCCACGGCGACCUCUUCCUCGUCUACGACUUCAUGCCCAACGGCUCCCUCGACCAACACAUCUUCCCCUCCUCCCAUCCCGCCCCCAAAACCCUAACCUGGCCGGAGCGGAGGGGCAUCAUCCUCGACGUGGCGAAGGGGCUCGCGUACCUGCACUACGGCGUGAAACCCGCGAUCUUCCACCGGGACAUCAAGGCCACCAACAUCCUGCUCGACCGCGAGAUGCGCGCGCGCGUCGCCGACUUCGGCCUCGCGCGCCGGAGCCGCGACGGCGAGUCGCACCUCACCACGCGCGUCGCCGGCACGCGCGGCUACCUCGCCCCCGAGUACGCCCUCUACGGCCAGCUCACCGAGAAGAGCGACGUCUACAGCUUCGGCGUCCUCGUCCUCGAGGUCAUGACCGGCCGCCGCGCCCUCGACAUGGCGGCCGCCGCCUGCCGCAGCGCCGUGCUCGUCACCGACUGGGCCUGGGCGCUCGUCCGCGCCGGCCGCGCCGAGCACGCCUCGACCCCCCUUACUGGCCAUUGGCAGCAGCGGCGGCGGCAGCGGAGCGGGCAAUCGAAGGGGAUCAUGGUGAGGUUCGUGCUGGUGGGGAUUCUGUGCGCGCACGCGAUGGUGGCGCUGCGGCCGACGAUCGCCGACGCGCUGCGGAUGCUGGAGGGGGACCUCGAGGUGCCGGACGUUCCGGACCGGCCCACGCCGCUAGGCUUCACGGCUGAUAUACGGCGACGGCACGGGCGCGAUACGUUCGCGGCCUCGCCGGCGCUCAGCGGCCCGUGCUUGGACGCCGGAGACAUGCUCAGGUGA